AUGUUUAGAGUAAGCAAUUUCGUCGUGGGACUAGCCAACACGUUGGUGAUGUUAGUGGGCGCAUCAGCCAUUGGUUACUCGAUUUACAUGUUCGUUCACCAAGACGUGACCGACUGUGAGUCAGCGAUACGUGCACCACUUCUCACGACCGGGAUCGUCCUCUUCGUGGUGUCUUUAAUAGGAGUGAUAGGAUCUUGCUUCAAGGAGAAUAUCGCCAUGGUCUCCUACUUGAUCAUAUUGUUAGCCGGAAUCGUUGCGUUAAUGGUUUUCUCGGUGUUUCUCUUCUUUGUGACCAACAAAGGAGCCGGUCAUGUGGUCUCUGGUCGAGGGUAUAGAGAGUACCGGACGGUUGAUUUCUCUACUUGGCUUAACAGUUUUGUUGGUGGGAAGAGAUGGGUCGGUAUAAGGUCUUGUUUGGCUGAGGCUAGCGUUUGUGAUGACUUGAGUGAUGGUCGUGUUAGUCAGAUCGCUGAUGCGUUUUAUCACAAGAACUUGUCUCCAAUCCAGUCUGGUUGUUGUAAGCCACCGUCGGAUUGCAACUUUACGUUCAGAAACGCGACGUUUUGGAUACCGCCGGCUAAAAACGAGACAGCGGUUGCGACCAACAACGGUGACUGCGCUGCGUGGAGUAACGUGCAAACGGAGUUGUGUUUUAACUGUAACGCAUGCAAAGCGGGUGUGUUAGCAAACAUAAGAGAGAAGUGGAGGCAUCUUCUUGUUUUCAACAUCUGUCUCCUCAUCCUCCUCAUCACCGUCUAUUCUUGCGGUUGCUGUGCUCGCCGUAACAAUCGUACGGCUAGAAAAAUUGUGUUCCUAAAGACAAUGGAAGGUCAGAUAAGACAAUUACAAGACAUAUUCAAUCGGUUCGACAUGGACGGAGAUGGAAGCUUAACGAUCUUAGAACUCGCAGCACUUCUCAGGUCGCUUGGUCUCAAACCAUCAGGCGACCAAGUCCACGUUUUGUUAGCAAGUAUGGACGCAAACGGCAACGGUUACGUCGAGUUUGAUGAGCUGGUAGGCGCCAUUCUUCCUGACCUUAACGAAGAGGUCCUUAUCAACUCCGAGCAGUUAAUGAACAUUUUCAAAUCGUUUGAUAGAGACGGUAACGGAUUCAUCAGCGCGGCGGAAUUGGCUGGGGCUAUGGCAAAGAUGGGACAACCAUUGACGUAUAGAGAACUAACGGAGAUGAUCAAAGAAGCUGAUACAAACGGUGAUGGUGUCAUAAGCUUUGGUGAAUUUGCUUCCAUUAUGGCUAAAUCUGCUGUUGAAUAUUUCGGUCUAAAGAUUAAUAAUUCAUGAUAAUUCUUUUUCUUUACGAUUUUAUUUUCAUUUCUUAGAAUUGAGGAUUGAUGAACCCAUUGAUAUAUAAAUCAUAGAAAAUAGUCUUUUUUAAUUUUAAAAAGGACAAAAUCUCAGGGGA